UAAAAAAGUAAAUAAAUAUUACCUAAAUUUGCCAUCAAAUAUCAAUGGAUUUAGAAAUAUUAUUAAUUGUUAUUUAUUUAUUUAUUUUUUGACCUACGACACUAAAUUAACUAUCUACUGUAGUUUCUACAGAUAUACGAAUACGAGUGUACUUUUAUUAUUACAACGAUGGUAGAUGUACCCGUUCAAGAUAUGAUUAAAAAUACAUUUACAUGGCACAACAAGAAUGGCUACAAAUCAGGGAAAACGUAUACUUUAUUUAAUUAUUUUACAAGCAUUGAAGAUUCACACUCAAAAUAUCUUCAUUAUCAAAUGACAAAACCUUUGUCUGUUCAAACUCAACAUGACUCUCCAUCUAAAAGUGAUUCUCCUCAACCAUUUUAUCACAUUCAUCAGGAUUCAAUUAUUACACAGAAGUCAAGUCCAACACCAGUUAGAUUUAGCCCACGUAUGGGUUCUAAUGCUAUUAAUUAUGCACGUUCAAGUGUUACAAAUCGAGUGUCAAUCACACCCAAUAUGUCACCAAUUAGCAGCUCUAAUGUUGAUCAGUCAAUAUCAAAAAUUAGUGCAAUGUUUCCGACUGCAUCUGAAUCCCAUAUUAAAUCAUUAUUAAAUAAAUAUCAUAACAGAGAAGCUGUGGUUAUUAGUGCUUUGCAAGUAGAAAAACAUCCAAUUGCUACACCUGGACCAUAUACACCGCCAUCAAUUAGUCGUCAUUAUAUGUUACAAGCUAAUCCUUCACCCAUGGCUAGUCCAUUACCUAAACCAGCUCAUUAUUCUCCAAAAAUGAAAUUGAGAUAUUUGAAAAGUGUAUUUCCAGUUGUAGAAGAAACAGUACUUUUGGAUACAUUAUGUAGUGCAGAUAAUAAUGUUAAUCAAGCAACUAAAACAUUAUUAACUAUGGGAUUUGAUAAACGACAUAAUAUUACAAAAAAUGUGCCUAAACUACCUAGAGUUACAUUAACAAACAGUGAAAAUGAUUAUGAAGAGGAUGAUAUGUUUUGGUUACGAAGAAAAACCUGUGAUAAUUAUGAUAAAACUAAAUCUACUUGUUCAUCUUGGCCUGUUUCUUCGGUGGUAUCAACACCUAUCAAAAAAAUAAAUUCUGAUGAACAGAUAAAAAUAAAACAAAGAUUGCAUGAUAAAUUUGAUGAUCAAGAAGAAAAAAUUAUAAUUUUUGCCUUAGAAAGUACAGAUUAUAAUGAAUUAUUAGCAGAUCAAGUUCUUAAAAAUCAUUUAGAUAAUGAAUUUAAAACAAAGGAUGAAAAUGAUUGUAAGCUCAAAAGGGAAAAUUCUAGUAACAAAGCAACUGGUAAUUAUACUGUAACGGACAUUAGCAACUCAAAAACUGAAUCAAGAAAUUCUUUCUGUGAAAUAAAUUCUGAGAACCAGAUAACUGUGGCAAAUGGCACACAAAAAAGUUUGGCGAAAGGUCCCAAUAAAGAUUUGUUAAGCAAAAAAAUUUCAUCUAAGUGUGAGUCACAUGAAAAAAACAAAGUAAAACCUAAAGGUCCCAACAAAUCGUUAUUGAGUAAAAUUCAUUCUUUAGCAAAAGGACCAAAUACUGAGUUGAAAAAAGGACCGUCCAAAGGAUUAGCUAAGGGUAGUAUUUUCCAUCGGCUAUUCAAGAAAUAAUUACUUUGUUAUGUUCUAUUUCGAAUGAAGUAAAUUAUUUCUAUACUUAAGAUUCUUUUUGAAUGUAUAAUGGUAAUUAAAGUUUAAAUGAUAUCUUAUUUUGAAUAUAGUAAUUUAAUAUUAUCUUCAAUUUUGUUACUUAAGUAGCAAAUGUUUAGAUUGUUUAAAUUAUAUUUAUUUAUUUUUAAUCUUUUUUUAAAUUAAACAUUUUUUUCUGUCAGAAAUCAUAUGUGUCAAAUGUGUAUAAUCCUUUUUUCUUAGA